UCGCAUCCACACGGAAUUACAACCGAACGUUUUCCAGCACUGCUUUCCAUGCGCUGCCGCAAAAUUCGUUAAUUAUUUUUAAGAUUCCCAAAACAUGUCGUCGCUGCGAAGUGUUGUUGGAAUUCUAUCGCUCACCAGGUCUCUGGGAUGCCCAAUCACAGUUCAAACACAUCGCCACAUUAAACGGUGGGUCGCUCCGACGUUACGUGAACUUGCCCAUCGCCAGAAGAAGCUGGGACCCCAGAAGCCGGAGCCUCGCGCCGGGUUCGUAGAAUGGAACGAACGCUCGGAGCUAUUCGCAUUCGGUAAACGGUUGGGCGAAUCCUUCCAGCUGCCCCUUCUCCAGCGAGCAUUUACCGAAAAGGCAUUCGCCCGAGUGGAGGAGGAAAAACGUAGAAAACUCGGUAUCGAGGAGAAUGAUCUGCACAUUCUCGACAAUGAGGAUCUAGUUGAAAAGGGCCGCCACAUUUCCAAGGCCUACGUGGAGGCAUUCCUGCAGCACCAAAUGCCGAAGGUGCCAAAGGAGGGUCUCGUUGAGAUUUCCAACCAUCUGCUAAGCACAGAUACCCUGGCUCACGUCUCCUCCCACUUGGGUACCAAGGACUUAAUCCACUCCACGGAGUACCCGCCUUCCAAAGAAAGUCUAGCUGAGUCCCUGCAAGCUGUUAUUGGAGCUUUAGCCGAUUCCAGUGGUGUUGAGCGCGCCUUCCUCUUUGUCAGAGAUUUCAUCUGCACCCAACUGAACCAAAAGGACUUACUGGACAUAUGGACACCGGAGGAACCCCUUCAACUGCUGGAGAAAAUUUGCGCCGAACGGAAACUGGGCGAUCCAGAGCCCCGAUUGCUAGGCGAUUGUGGAAAGAACACAGUGCUAGCCGCUUAUCAAGUUGGCAUCUACGGGAACCGACAGUUGCUGGGCCAGGGAUUCGGAGAAGAUGUGCAAACGGCAACGGAAACGGCAGCCAUAGAUGCCCUGCAGCGGAUAUUCGACACCCACGAGAACAGAAGGCCUUUUGACUUUGGACUUCAGUUGGAGACCCAAAAUGUGCGACUAGCCUAAGAUAAAUGAGUCAGGAUAUAAACCUGCGUCCUUGUUGAUUAUUGUAAUUUGCACUAAACACAUGUCACGCUUUGUCAGAGAA